UUGCGACAUGUUAGUGAAUAACAUUUGUGAGUCUUGGAAUGCCUCUAUAAUGGAAGCAAGGGACAAGCCUAUCAUUGAGUGCCUAGAAAUUAUAAGGAAAAUGAUUAUGGCUAAGUUGUUUGAGAAUAGACAGAAAGCUGCAGAAUGGAAGUCUUUGAUAUGUCCUAAGAUUGUCAGGAAGUUGAAGCAAAUAGAGAAGGCUGCAUCUGGUUACUUAGCAACACAAUGUGAUUUCUUCAAGUUUGAGGUUAGACACUUAUAUGGGGAUCAACAACAAGUUGACCUUGAAAGAAAACAAUGUUCUUGUAGGAGGUGGGAGCUGACAGGCAUUCCAUGCAAGCAUGCAAUAUGUGCUAUAUGGAAAAAAUUUGGGAAAGGUGGAGUGUUUGACUUUGUCCAUCCAUGCUACUCAAAAGAAACAUAUAUGAAGAUAUACAGUGCAAGUAUCAACCCAAUGGCAGGUCCUGCUGAGUGGCCUAGGUGUGAUACACCACCCUCAUUGCCACCCUUGUAUUCUGCCAAGGUUGGGAGGCCCAAAAAGUUAAGGACAAGAUCAGCUGCUGAGUUGACCCAAGAUGGAAAUAGAGUGUCAAGAAACCACAUUCAACUGCACUGUUCUGUAUGUAGGGAAGCUGGGCAUAAUGCUAGGAAGUGUCCAUCUAAUCCAAAUAAAAGUUGAAGCCAAAGAAGAGGGUCAUCUAUGCCACUCACCAAAUCCCCAUCAAUAUGCCUACAAGAGAGCACCAGAGUGGAUUAGGACAGCA